GCACCAGGUUUCAGCAUCAGAGCACCAGAGCACCAAGGCACCAGACUCCCCAGGCUUGGAAAACUUGCAAUGGACGGCUCGCCCCCACUCUACACCCGCAGCGAAAGCUCGUUCCAGGGCAGCCCGUUCGUCCGGUCGCCAAUCUCAAGCUCGCCCAAGAUGCUCAACCUCCCUGCGCUUUCCAAGAUUUGCAUGUCCAAGACCCACCAGACACCCGUCCUCACGCUGCCGCGUGUCCGAUGCACGCUCUUCUCGAACCCCGUCAUGUCCAUGGCGGCGUCGGUCCCGGCCAUGACCUGCUCGUAUGGCUCGCCGCUUUCCCACUCGCUGGUGCGGGACCCCUUCCUGACGGGCUCGCCGCUGCUUCCUAUCCAGGACUCGGUGUACUCGUCAUGCCAGCAGCGCCCCUACGACCAGAGUGUCGUUGCCGAAGGCAGGCUGGAGUUCUGGCAAUACUCUGUCGACCUCGACACGAACCUGAUCAUCAUGGCCAUCGAGGGCUUUUACUCGGGCCUGCGUCAUCCGCUUCUGGCAACCGACCAAGCUUGGCGGCUCUGGGACCGCAGUUGCUUGAUUGUACUGCUGCCACUGGACGAGUUCUAUGUGGUUGAAUUCCUGCCGGCACCGGUGGCGUCGCUGUGCUAUACGCUCGACGACUGCCUCGGCCAGGCCAUGAACUACCAGGUGAUCCACUCAAGCCAACUUCAGCAAAAGUUCGAGUGCGGCUACAGCUCGGCACUGGAGUAUCUGUGCAUGCCCCAGAGCAAGGCUGAGUGGCUCGACAGCGUCCAGCUGCCUGAGGCAGAGCUGCCGUCCGACGAUACCUACGAAAUCCUGGAUCCGAUCCUGCUCGACGUCGAUCAGGAUGACUACGACAUGGGGCUCGAUGCCUCUGCCGAGCUGGCGUACCUCCACCGCGACGACUGUCGAUACGAUUUCCUCGCACUGCCGUCGUCCUAUGAACCCCUGGACAUUAUCCCCCGUCUGACCGAGCUCUCGGACCAAGGCGAUGAUGAGAUGAUUGUGCUCGGCUUUGACAACGGCGAUGGAUUUGCCUUGACGACACCAAACGAAUCUAAAGAAACCGACGCACCGCGGUUGAUGCCUGGUGUGAAACUCAAGACGGAGUAGUGCCCAACCUCGCCGAUCUUGCAGCGCGUACCGCUGGGUGAAAAUCCUCUCUCUCUCUCUCUCAUGGAAAUGAACUUGAUGCUUUGCAUGAACAGGUGGGAAGAUGUCGUGCUGGUGCCUCUCAGGAGCCGGAAGAACGAGGCACGGUCAGGGAAUCUGGUGUCAUGGCGGCGACGAAACACAUACGAGGUCUACAAACUAUGGAAGGAAGAACAGGCGAUAUUUGUAUUUGGAACAUUGAACGCAGUAAAUCGAGACAUUCACAGAGCACCACAGCUCACCCGAGCAAAGAAAGGCUGUGCUCGAGGCUCCUGGCU